UAUUGUGACUGUCUAGAUGUGACUUAGCAUAUUUUGUGUGUACACCACUCAUAACUUCUGUAUUAAAAAAAUUGUCGUAAAAUAUAGGAUUUGCCACUGAAUUCUAGCAGAUAUAAUUGGAUGGCUGCAUGCUGCACACUCCCCUAUGCUUACACACAAAGAAAGAAUUAAUAAAUAAGGCACAUGUCUAGUUGUUCUACUCACCAUGCUGCCUCCUUUUUGCCGUAGGACCGUUUCAACUUCAUAACAUGAGAGCAAGAGGGGCAUUUCAUCCAUUUUCGAAGUAGGCCUUCUUUCAUUAACCAUCUGGUGAACUUGUAGUUUUCCUUGGGGCACCGUCUAAAAUGUAUUCGACUCAAAAACUCGUAACCCAACAACAUAUUUGUUAAACCUAUACCUAUGGAAUAAUAUUAGAUUCAAAGCUCAUAAUAUUGCCCCGCGCACCCGUCUUCUUUGAUGUCUAAAUGUGUAAACAGUCUCGCAGUCCUGCAUCAAAGAAUGGCGCGAAGUGCCAUUACAGUAAUUGACAUAACAAUCUACCAAUCCGUAGCCGUGUUCCUCCGAUAUGUUGCUCUCAUCCAAUCAUUGACUGUUACUAUGCUGUCAUGUGACAUCCUCAUCCAAUCAUCCAAAGGGAGCCACCAGUCACGUCAAAGAUUCGGAGAAGGUGGGUAUUUGCCGUUUCGUUCACAGUUUGGAGAGUGAAGAGGGAAAUUCGUGUAACAAAAAUGCCUAAGGCCAAGAAGAAAAUGUCCCUAAAAGUCCCUAAAAAUGACUCGAUGACAGAGGUGACCAAAAAUGAUUUGGAUGGUCCUGAAGUUGAAGGAAGCUCUGCUCCAAGUCGCAGCAGCAUAAGCAGCAUUGGAUCAGGAUCAAUCUCCAAAGUGGAGUUCCUAGAAGCAAGGAUCCAAUGGCAAGAAAAAAUAAUAAAGGAUCUUGAGCAAGAGCGCAAUUUCUUGCGUGAGCAAAUCAUGGGAAAGAAGAAAUCAUCUCAACCAAAAGUAUUUACUUUGGAGGACGACGACGAGGAUGACGAUGGUAACAUGGAUGAAGAUGACGUCAUUCCCCCAUCUUCUCCAAACAUCAGUGAGUCCUCGGACAGUGAUGUUGUCAUCCAAAGACGGAAGAAACGUUGGACACAGCCACCUGCAUCUGCAACUGUGGCUGUGCUUGGAAAAGCUCAUGUGAGAGCAAAAGGACCAGCUGAGGUUAUCAGCAGAUAUAAAAAAGUCUUGAAAAGCUUAAGCAAAGUCCGCACCAUGACUGAAGCCUUCAGAAUCAAUGGCGUGGACCGGGGAACCAUCAAGAUGACUGCUGCAAUUGCAGAGCUCAGCAUUGUGGAUCCUGAAACCUUCAAGACCCUGAAGUAUGAUCCUGCAACUGAGACCCUGCAGUCCUUUGCUAAGAGGUGUGCAACCCACAUUACCCCUGAGAAGAAGAGCAUUAUAGAGGACAUGAAGGCCAAAGGCCAACUCCUCCCCUUGUUGAUGAAAUAUUAAAGACUUAAGUGAUCUGCUUUGUUCAGUUAAAGAUCGGUUGUAUUGUAUUGGAAACGUGAAAUAUUAACCUGUGCAGAUUUAGUUAUAUCCUUGUUAGUGCACAGGGGAAAUAAAUCACCUGAUGCAGUAAUUAUAGAGCAAGUUUAGGCUGUGAAAGUGCAAUGUUUGUACAGUUCAGUACAUUUGUUCUAAGCUUUGACAAGUGUAGUUUAGCUGAUGAAGAGCAAGUUCAUGUUGAGCUGUGCAGGUUUUAUAUUUUUUAGAUUGUGCAAUUUAUUGUAUUUUUGUACUUAAUAUUGUGCAGUAUUUUAUAUUGUGUUUUUUUUAAGCAGGCAGAUUUUGGUUAAAGGAUCACACAGAUGUUCAACAAUAGAGUACCUGUAUUAUCAUACAGUAUGACCUGCUUAUACAUUUGAUACCAUAUUGUAUGACAUGUUUAUAAACAUUGAUACUUGUCAGUGUUUGAAUUUUCAGGCAGUAUUUGUUGUCAGCCUUGGGAAAACCUGAACCAGUGGUUUAAUAAAUUAGGUAUUUGUACUUGUGCUGUCUUUGUUAUUCUACCACUGAAUGAGAGGGAACCUAUAGAUAGAUCCAUUUUUUUCAAAGGUGUAACCCAUCGCUUGUUCAUUGCAGUAGUUAUGUGCUAUAAUAUAUUAACUAAGUGUAAAAAGGAGGCAACUUUAGAUUAGGGAACAUGUGUUGGUUAAUAAGUGUUCAAUUACUAGUGAAUUAGUAAUGAUCAAGAUGUCACUUUAGUAUGGGGAACAUAUUCUAAGUAACAAAGACUUAAUUUA